AUGCAACUGGAGUAUGUCGUCACUCAUAUUGGUGGAAUUCCCAACACUGAUCGACAGUAUCUUGUAGAGAAGCAAUGGAUUUCUGAGAAAUCUCUCUCACUGCCGGUAGAAAUCGAACUUCAUCUCCGACAGAAGAGUGAAAUUGAGAAGAUUGAAAUAGUUGCUCAUAAUAAAUUCAUCCCCAAAAAGAUUGGAAUAUUUUCUGAACGAGACGAGGAAGGAUAUAUUGGAGAAGUUCAAUUCAAAAGUCGUAAAACGGAUGAUCAGAAGUACGAGCUGAAGAAUAUAUUUCUUGAUGAAAAGUGCUCAAAACUAAUUUUGAAUGUCUCUGAAGCACAUAUUGAUGUUGUGAAUAAUUUGGAUUCUUUGGUUGGACUAGUAGACGUGAAACUUUUCGGGAAGUAUCUUCCAGUUGAAAAUGAACUUUCCGUAUCUCUAGAUAUAGAUCCGAGGGCAUUCAAACCUGGUGUAACGAGAAAUGUGAUUCCGGAUCAGAAGUAUUCAAAAGAACUUCAAGCAAUGAUUCAUGCAAUUGAAAAGAAUAAACAGACAGCAGUGGCGAAUGAAGACUUCAAGCUAGCGAAAUCUGCUCAGCUGGCAGUUCGAGAGUUGAAAAAGUCGACGAAGGAAAUGGAAGAAUUGGAAAAUGAUAAGAAUGAAGCGAUUAUGGAUGAAGAUUUUCAACGAGCUAAUGAUUUGCAAGAUGAAAUCACUGCUCUCCGUUCCAACAUUUUAGCUUCGCCAAGACAUGAUGAGAUUCAUCGCCCCAAAAACUUGUUCACGGAGAAUUCAGAAGUGCCUUCGAAGCCCAAACUCUACCAGCCAGUCGAUCUGUCUCCAACUGAAGUAUCUGCUGAUCCAUCAACUGCAUUUCUUCUUCCACCUCGACCACCUUCUAACUCUUCGAAAGUAUCAGUUACACCUAGAAGACCAUCGACAAACCAUUCUGGAUCAACAAGAAGGAGUAGUGCAAGUUGGGAAGUUCCAAUUAGACCAACAACUACAAAUUCUCAAGUUUCGAGAAAAAGAACACCAUCUCCAGUGGUCAAGAAGGCUCCAAGUACUGCUUCCUCUUCUAGAAGAAGAAGUAAUAGCAUCGGAAUGGGUACCAAUAAGUUCCUGGAGAAGGAAAAUAUGAUUGUUCCAGCUGCAUUAAACCGGAAAAGAUCAUCAUCUGUGAAUUACGAAACUCCAGAAUUUGUUGACAAAUCGACGGAAGAUAUUAGUGAAGAUCAAGUGCUUGCAAUGGUUCCACCUGAUCAGAGAGGAAAUGUUCGGUCUGCAAUUUCGCUGUUUGGCUUGGAAACUAUUGCCAAAAUCUAUUCAAAACAUUUCGAAAACCGAAAAGAAGGAAUCGAAGAAAUUCGGGAGAAAAUAGACACAUUGAACUCGGAUAAAACGUCGAAAUACUUUGAAAGUAUCAAUUGUCUCCUGGCUCAUUUACUCAAGGAACCACUCUUCAAUGUAUACAAAGACGUUCUUCUUCUAUGGCAUCACUUUUGCACUUCACGUCUUCUCGAGUUGAAUUUGGAAAGAUAUAUUCAACGAGUCGCUUCUGAAUCAAGUGAUAUUUUGGCAACUCGAGUUUUGUCUAGUGAAAAACGACUAGUAUCUGAGACAUUGACAGUAUUCCGAGAUGCUUCGAAGGUUCCUUCAAUUGGAAAAGCAUACGCUACGAAACUACUCGGUUCGAAUUCGAAAAAUUUGAAAGGAAGAGCAAUUCUUGUUGAAGUAAUUACGAAGCUUCAUGCAGUUCCUAAUGAACAAAUCGGGCUUACCGAUAAAAUUGUGGCUGGUUUCUCGACAAAAUGCAUCAGAACUUCUGAUCCUCAAGUGAGAACAAUUGGAAAAGAUUUGAUGGUUAAACUCUAUAAGAAUGGAUCAGCAAAAAUCGUCCGUUCCGAGUUGGACAAGUUCGCGUCAUCGGAUUCAAACAAUCCCACUUAUCAAAAGAUCGUUCGCGAAAUUUACAACUUCGACGGAAGCAGACCGAAGAGCGAAAAGAAGAAAAAAAUCUCGUUUAUGCUGUAA